CUGAGGUAUGGGUCAGACGGCAGCACGCAGCGAGCGCAAUCAUUCCCAUACUUCUGGGGCCGAGGAAGUCUACAUCAGACCUGAGGUGAUCCGUCUCAGAUCGAUUGCUCAAAAGACUUGAACUGAGUUGGACAGCCCGAAACAUCGUUGCAGUCCCCGCCCCAGCUGAGAAAUCUCGACCUUUGUGCUGCAAGAGCAGUAUCCUGUGAUUUGCCGUAGGUUGGCCGCUGGUGAAACACAGAGGACUUGCAGGAUGACAGAGGAGAGCAAGACGUUGGUGCUCGCCAUUCCCAUCUUCAAUGGCAUCACGGUGUUGGAUGCUGUUGGUCCUUACGAGUGCCUCCAUGUUCUUCCCAACGUGAAAGUUGUUUUCGUCUCGCACCAGGCCGGGCCCUACAAGGCCACGCUUGGGUAUCUAUCCCUCUCAGCUACCCAUUCCUUCGACGAAGUACCGCACCCUGAUAUCAUUGUUGUUCCCGGGGGCCCCGGCAUCAUGCUCCUUCUGGAUGAUAAGCCAUUCCUCGAUUGGAUUCGGAAGGCACAUGAAACUUCAAUGUACACGACCUCAGUGUGCUCAGGAUCGCUGAUGCUUGGUGCAGCAGGACUGCUCAAGGGGCUGACUGCUGCUACACAUUGGAAUGUAUAUGACAUUCUUGAGAGUUAUGGUGCCAAACCCACAGCGGACCGAGUUGUUCAGGAGGGUAAGAUCUUAACAGCUGCUGGAGUUUCUUCAGGCAUUGACAUGGGGUUGAAGCUAGUGUCUCUCAUCACGGAUGAGAAAACAGCAAAAUCCGUCCAGCUUCUUUUGGAGUACGACCCUCAACCACCAUUCGACACGGGUUGUUUGAAGAAGGCAGCUGCCGAGCCAGAUGUCAUUGAGAGGGCGAAGUCCAUUGGGUACAGACUGAGAGCUCAUGCUAUCGAUAACCAUGGUAACCAUGUUGGUGAAAUGGUAUUUAGUUGAAAGUGAGUUCCGGGAGCAUUCUCCAUGUACCAAAGAAAUAGGUAGAACUUUACCCAUUUUUUUCUAUGGAACUCAAAGCACCCCAAUUUACCCUGUACUCAGUAUGUACAGUAAGAGUCACCCUGCGUCCAGCAAGCUUGAAGGUUUUUGGGGCCUUCACAUUCUCUUCUAUGUAAACAGAUAGAGAAUGUCUAUCGUAUCUGUUGGAUAUCUAUCUUCCCUCAGACUACAACUACCUUACUUUUCAGUUUUCAUUCGAAGAUGACAUUGAAGGGUGCAGUCAAGUUUUAUAGUCCUUAGCUGGCUCUGUGGAACUCAUCAAAGUGUACAUUUUACCCUUAUAAUUUAUAACGAAGUUCAUAGGUUGUCUGUCCUGCC